AUGGCUCGCAAGCAUCUGGUGCAUGUGCUUGCGUCACUGAACCCCGAGGUCCGAACUCGAGGCAUCCUCUCCACUUACUCCGACUUGGGCCCCUUCGAACCAGAAGCUUUAUUGAGUCGACCUGAACGAGUACACUUUACCCUAUCUCAGGCACUCCACGGAGCUUUCUCGAGGAUGUAUUGGGAAAAGAGGGCUUGGGAUCAACAUCCAAAUCCUUCUUAUCAUAGCGCAACUUCAGUCCGCCGACGCGCUCGAUAUAACUCCCUUCUCGCUCCAGGAGGAGCAUCGUUUAUCUGCGCCCACCCGUCAUUGACUACUAGAGUAUCAAGCGCGGUCUGGUCCUGUAUGCUCCGACGCCACCUGGACACGCCAGUGUACGACGACUCCCGCUCCCCCCUAACGUGCUCUCACUGCGGCCGUGCAAUGGACGCGCGCGGAGACCACGCCGCCAAUUGCAAGCAUGGGUACGGCGUCGUACAUCGCCACAAUAUUGUCAGAAACACUCUUGCCCGAUUUGCGUUCCGAGCAGCAGGCCUGGCCUGCGACCGUGAGGUCCCGUUCCUCACACCAGGGACUGCACAUCGCCCUGCAGAUAUCCUUGUGCAACCGGCCCCGCCACCCGCCGGAGCACUUCCCGACCGCCCGACCGCCUAUGAUGUCACGAUUCGAAACCCGUAUACAGCCGCCAACCUUUCUCUCGCUGCUCGGUCCGUAGCCGGCGCCGCUGAUGCCGCGCACACGAGCAAAUUGCAGACCCACCAACGCAUCAUCCGUGCUGCUAUGCAUCUCGAGUCUGCUGCGCCGCUUCCCGUGCUUGACUGGCAUUUCAUGCCACUCGCGUUUGAUACGCUCGGCGCGUGGAGCGCGCAAACUACAGCUGUCCUUGAAGACGUCGCGCAUAAGAUUGCUACUCGCACUGGGACUACAUAUGGCAUCGCCAAAACGCGCCUCGCGCAACGCCUCAGCUAUGCAAUUUGGUCCAGUGUCGCCUCGGCGACGCUUGCCCGCAUGCCGCUUCAUGGGACGGCUCCUCCCUGUACUGCACAAGUGUAA